CGUGCGCAGGUUUCGUUCGGAUCGGCUGCUUCAUUCAGGCGGUUCGCUUCUCUUGAUGAGCCUUUACAUUAUCGGCUUUAGAUGAUUACGCUGGAAACUGGCGGCAGUCGAUAAGUUCUACUAGACUGUAUGUAAUAUGGUCUCCCUGAGGUUUUGCUGCAUCCUAGCACAUGAUUUGUGAGAUGGCGUCUACUGAAAAUGCAGAUGCAGAAAAUAAAGAAGUAAAACCAGCCAGCAAUAAGACGCAAUGCCCAUUAAAAGUACUCUACUGUGGAAUCUGUUCAUUGCCAACAGAGUAUUGUGAAUACAUGCCCCAGUAUACCAAGUGCAGACAGUGGCUGGAAAAGAAUUGCCCAGAGGAAUUUGCAAAACUCAGUAUAGAUCAAAGCCCACAACAAGAUGCAGGAGGGGGGGAACCGCCAGUAGGAGAGGAAGAAGAAAAGAAGAAACAACGACGAGGUGGCCGAGGCAUAAUUAAACAAAAAAAGAAGACAGCACCGCAAAAGGUUACAAUAGCUAAAAUUCCAAGAGCAAAAAAGAAAUAUGUAACUAGAGUAUGUGGCCUUGCAACUUUUGAGAUCGAGCUAAAAGAAGCACAGAGAUUCUUUGCUCAGAAGUUCUCCUGUGGAGCAUCAGUUACAGGAGAAGAUGAAAUCACGAUUCAGGGUGAUGUCACAGAUGAUAUUAUGGAUGUUAUUCAAGAAAAAUGGCCAGAGGUGGAUGAUGACUCCAUUGAAGAUCUUGGCGAAGUGAAGAAGUGACCUAGUAGACUGCACUUUUAUUGUUCAAUUCAACUGGCAAAGUAAAUUUAGCCAAACAAUAAAAAGGCUUUUUAUUACAGACAACCUCUUGAGUCAACAUCCUCAAUGGAUUUGAGGCUAUUUUCUUGUAUUUGGUUGCCAAAGCUCCUGUGAAAUUUCUGGAUUAUGUUUUAAAAAAAAACAUUCUGUGCACUAAAGAGAUCCCUAGUUUAAUAAAAUAUCUGUUUUGAUUGCUUGUGGAUCA